AUCAUGGCGUGACCAUAAUAUCCAGCUGGUGUAUGUUUGGAGCGAUGAAUUAUAAGAUUUUUGGGAAACCUUUUGAGCUGACAGCUUAGUAUCCACACCAAAUAUUUUCUGACAGUUUCAAACUGAUCCUGUGCAUGAAGCUCAUUUCUCUCACCUCCCUAUCCUCCUCCACACCAGUUGUUGUCCCUCUCUCACAUCUUCCUAUCCUUCCUCUCUUUGUAUAUCCUUUGCUCGUUUUUCCUUCCUUCUGCUUUCUGUUUCCCAGUUCUCUCUCUCCUCUCUACCUCAAAGUGGCGACAACACAACUGCCUGCAUCAGCCAGUGAAAGCUGCUGCUGGAGGUUGCCGUAUCUUGCAGAGAGCCAAAUGUGUGUGCAUGUGUGUAAUAGUAUGAGCGUACGCAGAUGGGAGAGCAAGUGAGUCAGGAAGGGCUGCUUCUCAUCCCUCUGCUGUCAUCACCAUAUUUCCCUCUGCCUCCUCUCCUUCUCCUCUGACAUGGAGCUCCGGUGGACUGAAUCCAGACGGGAUCUGCACCAACGACAAAGCAGGUAGAUGCAUUUGAGUGUGUGGCGGUUCGGCCAGGAUGGAGAGUGUGUGGCUGAGGACAUGGACAUCAGGCUCUGCUGUUGUGUUCUUCAAUACACUGGCCUUGUCCUGGACAGGUGCUAUUGAACCCGCUCUUAAAAUUGAUGGGCGGCAGCAAGCGGCUGUGACACUUCAGGAGAACAUGACUCACAGGUUCAACUGCCAAUCAGACAGCUGGGAUCCUCGAGCGCCCCCGUUACUGACCUGGUACCUCAACGGAGAACAGCAGAAGGAGCCAUCGCCAAACCGAGGCCGUCUGGUGAUGACGUCACAAAAGGAUUCUGAGGUCUUAAGACCGGGGACCAAUCACAACAGUACCUUCUCUUUGCGGGCCAGAAAGUGGGACAAGGAGCUGGUGUGUGUCGCAUCAAACCCCAGGACAGGACAAAGCUACAAUGCAACGGUCACUCUCAAUGUCCAAUUCCAGCCAGAAAUCCUCAGGGUCAACGCUCACUACAGUGAAACCUCAGACCCCGGCCUCUCCCUGGUCCUGUUCGCCUUGGUGCGCUCUAACCCUCCUGCCACCAUCACCUUCGUAGACCAGUCGGGCCAGCUGGUGGCCAAUACCUCAGACUUCCUCAUCUUGGAUUCACGGAGCUAUCCGUGGCUGACCAAUCACACGCUGAGGGUCACACUGAGCAGUCUGUCAGGGAACUUAACGGUGAAUGCCACCAACAGUGUGGGAAUGGCUCAGAGCAACCUCACAUUGGCAGAGUUCCUGCAGUCUCGUGUCGAGGUUCCCAUGCUGGGUAUCGUGACUGGAGGAGCCAUGGCCUUCAUGGCCCUCCUCAUCCUCAGUUUAAUUGUUCUCUGCCUUAUGCAAAAAAACAAAAGCAAGAUUAUUGAUGAACCAGUGGAAAUUCUGAUGACCAAGAAAAGUGAAUCAGCAAACCUGAAGACAGACAGAGCAGAUAAGACCAACAUUCCCAGAGAGAACAUGUCUCUGCCUUCCAACAUGCAGCUCCAUGACCUCAGCACUCUGAGGAAAGCUCGAGAAGCCGCCCAGCAGAACAGUGUGGGAGAGGAAAAGAAAGAGGAAGAGGAGGAAGAUCUGUCUUUAGCCUACGCAGCAAGAGGUUUUGCCAGGUAUCCAAUGGUGGGCUACAUCUAUAAGGUGAACAGCACAAGCAGCGAGGAAAUCUGGCUCUGACGGAGAUUUCAGUUCAAAUUCAACAGUUUGUUGCAUGCAUACCUACAUCUAAGAAGGCAGCUGUUUGGGAAGAAACCCAGAGCUGCACCAAUCAGCGAGUCAAGCACCGUUCAGUCACCUUCAAGCUGGAAAUAAAGUUCAGAGACCACCUACAUUUUUGAGACUAUUCUUCAAAUCUGUAAAACAUACCUGUGAAUGUUUGUCAUCCAGUAAAUCAGGUACUCAGGCGUCUGUGCUGCUGUUGUCUCAUCAAGUCAAAGUUGUCAUAUGAUUUUCUGUAAACACUUUAUCAUGAUGUUCUUUCUUGUUGCAUUAAUGGGAUGCAUUUAAUGUUCUCUGCUGAAACCAGAAUGUGUAUUUGGACAAAUAUAAUCUGAAUAUGAUGGUGCAGAUUUACAUGGAACUGUUUAUGGACUUGCCACAUGUCCCGCCCUGUAUAUUUGUAUGCAUAUGUGUAUAAAAAUGGAAAAGUCUAAUAAAGGUAUUAUUGAGAUUGUAUCAAAGUAAAUGA